CUCUACACAACAGAAUGAAACGUUGAGUGAACUGAACGCAGCCCGGAUUUUCUCUGCCUGAAUGAGGAAGUCCGGAGGAGUGGGCGCGACACCGUAUAUAAUCGCGCGCCUGCUCUUCCUCCUGCUUCACUCCCCGGUCCCUGCGAGCCGCUCAGUCUAUAGGUAUUUAUAGUCAAAUCAGUGCUGUAGAACCAUGGCGUGGGAUGGCUAUAUAACCAACCUGAUGUCGGGAACACCUCCCUUUGUGCAAGAGGCAGCGAUCUGUGGUUCUGAAGUGGGGAAGGAGUCGGUCUGGGCCUCAACACCUGGAGGUCAACUGGCUAAUGUGACGGUUGCAGAGAUCAAGGCCAUGAUGUCAUUGGAUCGUUCUCCUCUCUUCGCCAGCGGUCUUCAUCUCGGUGGGAACAAGUGUACUGUCCUGAGAGAUAAUCUCCACUCUGACGAGGACAACACUAUAGAUGUUAAGAUGAGGCCCACUGCUACUGAUCCCCAAUCCUACAGCAUCACCAUCGCAAAGACUCUAAAGAGUCUGAUCAUUGUUAAAGGGAUGAAGGACAUUCCUGGAGGAAAGAUCAACAUAAAGGCCUCCGACAUGAAGCAAUACCUGAGGACGAAGGGCUACUAACGCUUGACCCCUGACCCUGACACUCCCCUUAGAUGCUGGUCUUGGUUCAGUUUAGCAUUCCCCCACUAAUGGUUAAGGUUAGGGACUGUUAAGGUCUGUGCCUAGUGGAAAUGUCAUCCCAGCAGCCUCAGUGCCUUGUUGUUUUUGAUGAUGAUAUGCAAAUGAUCAAACAUGUGAAAUUAUCAUAGUGGCAAAUAAACAGAUUUAUUCUAAGAAAAUA